AUUAGGACCCUCCUAUUAGUCUGUCAUUUUAAUGCUUGUAGGUGAGAGAGGUUUUAAAAAAUAACAGAGUUCAAAACAGUACAGCGUAGUACAAAUAUUUGGCUUAAAUUGUGAAAGUGAUAUGAAGACACUGGGCCUUUUUUUGUAUGUUUACCACAAACCCACCCACAUCCUUUGCAUUAGUAUGGACAGUGACACAAAAGUCUUUUUUGGUAUAUUUGGAGGGAACAGGAGAUUUGGCAGCUCAUAAUUAUUCAUUGCAAUGUUUUGUAGCAGAAGUGAAAAAACGAUCCGUUCCCUGUUCCAGCCUUUCUCAUUUAAAGGAAGAAAUAGGUAGACAUAUUAAUGUCUUUUCCUCCCCAACAUUCAAAGGGCAUGUGUGUCCUGCUGUUAUAUUUAGACCUGAAAAGAAAUCAUGGAUUGCUCCUUCUUCUUCAGUCAGCGUGACUGGUUGGGCAAUUUAAAAAUCAAAAAGUUUAACUGAGUUUAUAUCUCUAGACUCCUAUCUGUAAGUGACUAACAAAAAUCCCCAGCAGUGACUAGUAAAGCUGAACAGACUUCACAUUUCCUUUAUUAAGCUGUGAGUUGAAGACCCCCCUCAGGGAGCCCUAGUAUAGCAUUUCAUUUCAUAUAGUAUUGCCUUCUUGAUCAGGGCAAGGAAGAUAGAACAGAGGAAACACAGUCAUAAUCUCUAAAGGAAGCAGGUUACGUUAUAGGAUGGUUUACAAUAAAAGAAACCUUAUCUGAAUUGAACAUUUUGUGCUAUGAUAUUUCCCUGUCCAUCUUCUCUGCUGUUAUACCAAUCAACUACGUGAGAAUGGAUGUGCCAGCCAGCCAGCCUGGUGUCUAUGGUACCUGUCUUGGCUUUGCACCGUUUCUGCUGGAGAGACAAAUUUUGACAGCUUUAAUCUUGCUCUUCAGCCUGCUGUCUCUCGCCACAAUCAGGUCUACUGUUAUUGCCAAGGAGUCACAGAAUAUGUGUGAAGAAAUACAGAUACUUCAAGGAGUCCAAGAUGCAACAGCAGUCAUAGGAAGGAUAUUCUCUUAUCCCAUAUCACCAUUUGCCUUUCAAGGGAAAAUAACCCACUAUGAGGUUACUCUGGCUAAUGGUUCAACUUUGCCAAAAUGGUUGGAAUAUAACCCUAAGACUAAGACACUUCAAGGGCUGCCACUGCUGGAGGAGAGUGGAGAAUAUCCUCUUGCUAUAUUUGCAUAUGGUGAUACAUGUAUCCAGAAAACACCAACAGCUAGCACAAAAUUUGCACUUCAUGUUCAAGACAGCAUUCUUGCCCAUGACAAAACAGCAGACCCAAACCAAAAGCAUAACAGUGUCUGUUCUGGAGCACUGUGUGUUAGGGACAUUUCUGUCACCUUUGCUGAAAUUAUAAUCCAUGCACCUGGCUCUUUAGAAGCUCAGGAGCGAUUAUAUCUCAUUUGCACUAUGGCAGAAUAUCUCCGUUUGGAUCCUUCCACACUGACUCUGACCCCCUUCAGCAACCACUUUAGAAAUUUAACAGUAUUAGCUGAAGACAUUAGAUAUGUCAACACUACGAGACAAUAUUAUGUGGGACUCUACUGGCCAGUUGGAUUUGGAGUGUUUGCUAUGCUGUAUGAAUUAGUACAAGUUCUCCAACAUAAUGUAGAGUCAAACAGCCUCUCACAAUUGCUGGGAUAUGAAAUUUCUGGUUGGAGGGUACUUAAGAAAGAAGGUCAUGAGAAAAAGCAUUCAGAAAAGCAGCACAGGAGACACUUAAUGGCCACCCCUAGACCUGCACUGAGACCAACCACAGUUGAGGCCUUCACACCUUUAUCAGCUACUCUGCCACAGUCUGUAAGACCAGUUAAGAGUUUAUCUCUUUUGUAUGAAGAAGCUAUCCCCACAAAGACAGACACAUUUUUACACUCUGUAAUAAACCAAAAGGAUUUACAAACCACAAAUGUGCAAGUAUUACCAAAAACACCAGCAUCUCCCAUUUUUCAGGAUGUCCCUUCCGAACUUUUACCUUCCUUGAUGUCAACCUCAAUAGAAUUUAAGGUGGUUUAUAAAACACCUCCAAUAUCAGAACUACUGCAAACUCAGGUGCCACAAGAUAUGUACUCUACAUUAAUGAAGUCUGAACCAAACUGUAAUUCUACCCAAUGUGAUUUAAUCUUUUCUGUGCCAUUCACUAAAACCCAGCUGUCAAGCUCUCUACAUAGCAUACUGGACGCUAGUAUUUCAACACAAGUAACUCCUUCUGGCAAAGGAUUGUCUCUAGAACAUAUCUCAAGAGAAACAACAGAUCUAGAUUAUAGGGAUCUGUACAGACAACAAACAACAUCUCAUUUUCUGUCUGAAGAUACAGUAUUUAAAGUAAAGUUUCCUCUGCCUUCCGUACCAUCAUUGGUAGAUCUGAGAGCAUCAUCUGGAUUUCCAUGUCCCAGUACUGUCAUGUCUUUGUUCUUAUCAGAUGGUAGCUAUGAUAAUCAAGGUUUGCUUACCAACUACAAAUAUGCCAGAGUGUCAUUUUUGUCUUCUCCGCUUAUUACAAUGCAGACUGAAGUACCCAGCUGGAAUACGGGCUUCAGCUUGUUUGGUAUUACAUCAGUGUUUGAAACUACAGUGGUAAGCACUGCUUCUGCACUCAAGCUUGACCCAAGCCCAACUGCUCAGGUGUAUUACAGUGGCAAGAUUCAAACCCUGGCAAUGUAUAGUUCCCAGGAAUUCAACACCUCACAGUUUGCCAAUUUCCUAGAAUUUGGAUUAUUGUCUAGAACAAGUAGCCUCCUGGCAAUGUUUACUUCCCUGACAUUAGCACCACCGAUGGAACUGACAGUAUCAUUUGGACUCAGUAACAUAUUCCCAACAGAAGCGUUAUUGUCUAAUGGCAGACAAGGUAGAACAGAGGUAACUGGGAUCUAUGAACAUGCACCAGAGUCCUUUAUGAUGGCUUCACAAACAAAGACACAGUUAAUUGCAAAAUACAAAAUGUCAGCUAUUACUUCAGUUCACAUGGACACUCCUCUGCAGAAACAACAACCACAUUUCUUUUAUGUUACAGGAUCCAAUAGUACUCAUCUAAGCAGCAAAUUCCUAGGGAAAGAAGAGGCAUUUUGGGGAAUGAAGCAGAUAUCUGAGUGGCACUCUUACAAAACAUCAGUGCUUGCCUGGCCUACAGAAUUUGCUAGCACUCCCAUCUUAGAUUUAUCUGUGAAUGAAUAUGGCUUUUAUAAUGGCAGUGUUGUUAGAACUCUUGUGGUGCAUCCUGAGACUUUACAACUGGACAUGAGUACUUUAUGCUUGGAGAGCUCAUUUGGAACCAAAGGAAAUGUCCAAAUGACCAGGGAAUCUCUCACAAAACCAGUCGAAGAAUCAACUGUUCUCUCCAAUAAAGAAAUACAUGCACAGACUGGAUUCUAUAUUUCCACAUUGUACCAAGGGGCACAAGAUACAGUCACCUCAAUGCUUACUUCAGAACGAUCUCCACAAGGUAUAGGAGCAACAUGGACACCUUUAUUUUCUGUAUCACAGAUCAUGCCAAUAGGUCAAACAAACAACUCCCCAAGAAUUGUGAAUGCCAUUAAAUGGAUAACUGCAACAAUUGGAUACAAGUUCAGUUUUUCAGUACCACACAAUACGUUUUAUGAUCAGGAGGAUGGAAAUACAACCCAGCUCACCCUUGGACUAAAACCAGCUGAUGGUUCCCCAACAGGUCGGGAAAGCUGGCUGCAGUUUAAUUCAAGUUGUCAAACUAUGUAUGGCUAUCCGCUUGAAAAUGACUUUCAGUAUUCGCCUCAGGAAUUUUUACUCUUUGCCACCGAUUCAGGGGGACUCAGGACUUCAGAUACUCUCAUAAUAGAAAUGCUUAGGCCCCCCACGAACCCAUGUCAUAGUUAUACUUUGAGAACAAAAAACAGCUACCAUUCAUUCCUGAGAAACAGAGAAAAGGUGAAUUUGUUUUUUGAGAAACUUUCCAAUUAUUUGAUUGUUGGGAAUCCUGGAAACAUGGUGCUUCUGCACCUCAAACCAGGGUCCACUGCGAUCACCUGGUACAGUAAGUCUUUUUGCACAAUGACCACUGGAUGUGCAAGAGAUGAAAUCCAGGAUGUUCUAACCAAACUGGGAGCACCCAGUAGAAAUGUUAAUUCAAAUUUUGUUGAGGCAAUGCUGCCAGACUACAAAAUUUAUCAAAUUGAAGAUGUCAAAUACAGAGGAAUCUGCUUAUCUCCAGCAAAGCUACUGAACGAAUCUCUAAUGUCCAAUAGGACCUUAACUAUGUUUAAGGAUGACUGUUCCUGGAUAGGAAAUGUCUUCUCUGUUUUACUCAUUGGCAUAUCUACUACAGUUAUUGUGAUUCUGAUAGUUACCCUCCACUUCUGUAAGUAUCAGAAGAGAACUGUUGUCGGAUCACAAUCAUCAUCGGUUAAUGAAAGGCCCUUCUUUACCUACAUUGAUUUGGAAAUGGAUAUGCUGAGAUCUCGAAAGUCACCUGUGCUUGAACAAGAGGUUACACCAUCAGCUAAGCUGUGGUUAUCUGUGCCAGCGCCUUCCCAACAGCAUGUCUGCAGAGCAAACACAACUCUUGCUGCCUCAGGUUUACCUCCACCUCCAAAAUAUAGACUUCCCCCAUCUUAUGUAACGGAAGGACCUAGCCAGAAUCAUCAUGACCAUAGUCACAGAAAAUAUUAUCCCAAAGCUAGAUUAUACUGAGAAAUCAGGAAGAUGUAUAUUUUGGUUUCAUCUUUACUUUGACACAAGAGGUACUUUCAAAAAAAGUUAACAAUCAUAAUGAUGAAUAUGGAUACCCCAGUAAUGUUACCCCUCUGUAUCGACACAUUCUACAUCCAUGGAUUUAACCAUCCAUGGUUUGAAAAUAACUCCCCACCCCCCAAAAAAAAUCCAGAAAGCAAAUCUUCAUUUUGCCAUUUUAUACAAGAGAUACCACUGUAUAUAAUGGGACUUGAUCAUCCACGGAUUUUGGUAUCCAUGGGGGUUCCUGGAACCAACUCCUCUGCAGAUACCAAGAGCAAAUUGUAAUUAUUCAUGAUGACGUAAUGCACAGCAGCAUAGUUCAUCAGAUGUCAAGUAAAACAGUUUCAGAUUUAAAAAAUUCUACUCCAUGAAGCAUUGUUUGUCAUACAUGCAUACAUUUGCCAUGUGCACUGAAAAACUCCAGCUGUAUUAAAGGUAAGGAUAAUGACAUACACCAUGAUUUCCACCCCUGUCGUCACAUAAGUUUUGGGACAAUAAAUCAUGAUUCUAAAAUGUGUUUCAGAUGUUUUGAUUAAUAUUAUGUUCCCAACAGGUUCUGUUGAAAGUUAUUGGCAGAAUACCCAACCUUUAUUAACUACAGUCAGCAGAUCCUUUUAAAUCCCAUGUUACGAGUGUGGUGUGGUUGCUCCUGCACCAUCACUUCAUCUCAUGCUAAUCUGUUAAUUCAAGAAUGUAAAAAAUAUGUCACAAGACAACUGUAUUCAUAUUGCAUUCUCUGAUCCAGCUUCUCCAUUUUAGCUGCUUCUUAACUGUGAUCUCUCCAUGUUGUUCAAAGCACGGGGGUACGUGUGUGCGAGAACCACAGCCAAUUUCCUAAGAACCACCUUUGAAAAUAUAAAGUGUAACACUACAAGGCUUUCUACUGUAAUGAAUUGCUUCCUCUGACUUGCACGCAUUCAGAAAAAGUUUCUAACCAGUAACUUUCCUUUUAAGGGCAGUUUG